UUGGCAGGAAAGAAACGUACAAACCAGAGGGGGCAGAUGGCGGCGUGAUCUGCGGAUCGGCAUCAAUCCGACCGGCAAGCUGGCGGUGGCAGAAGCCAAGCACCCCGGCCGUGAGAGAGAGGGUUUUUUUCUUUUGGGUUCUGGUUUUUUUUCUGCAGAUUUUGGCUCCGAGAGAGCUUGAUUUAGAGAGGCAGACCGAGAGAGUGAGCAGGAAGAGAGAGCAAGCAGGCUGGUCCACUCGCACGAAGAAGGAAAAGGGGGCGAGAUCUGAGUGUUCGAGAGAGUCGAGAGCGAGCUAGAGAGAGUGUGAGAUCGGGAAAGUCCCUGGCCGUUGCCAGAGGCCCGGCCGUCAGUCGCCGUCCGUCGCUACGUGUCUCAUCCGAACCAGUUUGGAGGUGGAAGGACCAUUCGCCGGGGGACGUGCUGGAAACAGCUGAAGAUAGGGCUACUAAGGAUGCGCGUACUAGAGAACUUGUUGCUGCUUACAAGAAAAAAAAUGGGCUUAAACAUAGAUGCGAAGUUGAAAUCUGAGUGUGAGAAGAUUUAAAGUCAUUGAAUUGUUCGCUAUUGAAGGCUCUGAAGGAUGGUGACUCUCUGAUGGAUGGUGGAAAACUUAAGGAAGCUUUACCAUUUUAUGAAGAGAUCAUGAAUAAGCUGCCAUUUCAGAGUGAACUUCAUGGAUUAGCUGCAUUGCAGUGGUCCAUCUGCCAGGAUUCACUUACCAGACCAAAUGAGGCUCGUAUAAUGUACGAGAAGCUUCAAUCUCAUCCAAAUGCUAAAGUCGGCAAGAGAGCUAUGCAAUUCAUGUUUAGCUUCCAGGCCAUGGAGAUGAUGAAGGUAAGAAGCUCAAAGCUUUCGGCAAAGAGCACAGGCUACCAAAACUACUUCGAGGCCUUCAUUGACAAAAAAAGCAACUAUUCUCUGGACAAGGAUGAAGAGCUCCAAGAAGUAGAAUUUAAGAUGAUAGACAGUGGUACUGUUUCCAUGGAUUGCUUAAAGCUAUAUGAAGAUUCUGAGCCAGUGCAAACCCGUGAUGAGUACUCUGAAAGUUGUGGCUGAUAUCUCAAGUUAUAUACCGAGGAUAAUGUUCCCAGGAGGCGCACUUAUUACAGUCAUAAGGACGAGAAGAGAGAGAAGUAUACCGAUAUACUGAUGGUCCAUCCCUUCCAAGCUUAUGCUUGUGUACAAGAAAAAGGCCGACAAUCAAUAAUUUACUAAUUUCAGGCUGGUGGUAAUGAAGAAUAUAUUAU